AUGACUUGUAAAGGAUUACUACCACGUCUUUCAUCUUGAUUAAGAGUUUUAAAAAAUUUCUAUAUAAUAAAAAAAUAAGAAUGCAUAUUUCACGAUUACAAAUCUUUUAUUUACAAAAUUAUCACAGGAAUAUAAAAAUAAUUAUGUUAGUAUGCUAAUUGUUGUGAACCAAAAAAAAUUAUUUACUUUAUUAAAAUAUUAUAUUAAAGAAGCUUCUACGGAAGCCUGGCAAGAACAACUUGGCGGCCAAGCAACACACAAGAUUUGAAUGCAGACCAUUUCAUUACUAUAUCGCCGCCUUGAUUUCUUCUAUCAAUAUAUAGCUUUGGAAAGACGAGAAAUCAUUUUACCAGUUUCAGCAAAUGGAUUCAGAUUUUCUUGACAGUUCUGAAAUGAUGGAUGAUUUCACGCGCUCUCGUGAUGAUAAUGUUUCUGAAAAGACGCAGUUUUAUGUGGGAUUAGAAAGACGUCUUGCGGAUUUGAAAGGGCUUUUGUUCCACAGCCACGUGUCGGUCAUCGGUGUACAGUGCAUGGGAGGCGGUGGGAAGACUACUCUCGCGUCGGCUCUCUGCAAUGAUCUACAGGUUAAAGAUUAUUUUCACAACAAUGUGAUUUUUGUCAGAGUUUCACUAUCUCCCAACCUAAAUGGGAUAUUAGAGACUAUUUGGGAGAAGAUAACUGGAAGCAAAAGACUAGAGGUUAAGGAUGUGGAAGAUGUACGAAGAGAGCUACAGCAAUUCAUUUUGAAUCAAUCCAAGCCAAUUCUAAUUAUUUUGGAUGAUGUUUGGUCUAAGGAAAUUUUGGAAAAGUUAUUAUUUGAAGGUUCAGGAUGCAAGACUGUCAUAACUACCAGAGACAAGUCGACCAUACCCACAAACCCCUCUACACAACUCUAUCAACUACCAUUGUUAAGCCCAAAGGAUGCUCUCUCACUUUUUUGCUUCUGGGCUACUGGAAAGACGUCAACUUCAAGUGAUACAGAUGCAAAUAUAAUGCAGGAGGUGGAGUCAAAAUGCGGUGGUCUGCCACUUGCUCUAAAGUUGUUGGGAAGUUCUUUGCAAGGGGAAUCUCAAGAUGCCUGGAAGAACAAGCUUUCUAAUGGAGAAUGCAUGUCAGAUUAUCACAAAGAGGAGUUAUUCAGAUCAUUGCAAACCAGUAUUGACUCCUUAGAUGAUGUAACCAAGGAGUGCCUUUUAGACUUAGCAAUAUUUCCAAAGGACAGAAAAAUAUGUAUUGAUGCACUAUUGGACAUUUGGGUUUAUGUUCGAAAGCUACAGAAGCAUGAUGCUUUUGCCAUCUUAUCAGAACUUGCAAACAAAAAACUGUUAAAUUUUACCAGCAAAUCAAGGGGAAGCACAACAAUCUCAUAUAAAAAUGCCUCAGAGUUGUACAUUUCUCAACAUAAUGUAAUGCGAGAUUUGGUGUUAUAUUUGGCACACAAAGAUAAUGCAGUCCACAGCAAGAGGUUGGUCAUAACAAGGACGGAGUGUGGUUUCCUAAGUGAAGGAGAAUUGAUUAAUGAUAGUGUGUUGGACAUUCAAAUCCUCUCUGUUCUCACAGAAUCUAUAGAGGAAAAUCACUGGCCUGAUAUUGAUUUCCCUGAGACAGAGGCUCUGUUGUUAGCCUUCACUUCGAGAGAAUAUAUUCUUCCCCCAUUUUUGAAAUCCAUGAAAAAACUAAAAGUUUUGAUGGUAUUCAAUUGCUGUACAAAGAAGGCAACAAUGAAAGGUCUAGAUGUCUUGUCUUCACUCCCUCAACUCAAGAGCGUCCGCUUGGAGAGGUUGAUAUCACCCCUUGGUGGAAAACAGAGCAUUGAAGAACUACAGAGCUUAGAGAAGAUAUCUUUGAGCUUAUGUGAAGGAUUUAGAAAUAUAGCCACAUUCGACACAACCAAGCUACAAUAUUUUAACCUGGACCACAGCAGUGAUUUGGAAGAGUUGCCUGUUGAAAUCUACAAUAUGCCCUCUGCUCUGUCAUGGUCUAUUACCAACUGCCAUCUGCUUCAGAGUUUAGCAUAUGAUUUUGGAAAUAUGGGCCACCUAAGAAUAUUAAGGCUAUCGGCAUUGCCAGGCCUGAAGGAGCUUCCAGUAUCAAUUGGAAAACUUGAAGAGUUGGAAUAUCUGGACAUUUCAGUGUGUGAGCGCUUGAAAGAACUUCCAAAGGAAAUAGGGCUACUCAAGAAAUUAAGGGAGUUUGAUAUGAGAGAAUGUUCCCGAUUGAAAAGGUUACCGACAGCUGUUUGUGAACUAAGUUCCCUGAAGCUUGUUGUGUGUGAUGAGAAGAUUGGAAAGCAGUGGAUGAGGGCCAAGAACAUUUCUAUACCGGAACUUAGAGUUGAAAUUGUGGAAGCACGCUUUAGUUUGGAUUGGCUUGAUGAUUAAACUUAUAAGAGUAGUUUAAAAGAUGAGAAUAUUAUGAAGGAUGAAAUCAGACUGCAGGCUUCAGGGUAAUGUCUCACCAUCAGCGUCACACUUCAGCUCUGAUCAUACCUUGACAUCUUUGUAUAAUAGUAAUUUGCAGUUUGCCGAUAAAUUGGAUAUUAUAUGAUUCAUUUUUUCCUUCUUUAA